CGCGGAGGACCGGCCCUAUAAGGCCUCGCAGGCUCCGCCUCCCCAGGCCCCGACCCCGCGGCGGCUGCCCAGCUCCUCGCUCACUCCCCGGCCAUUGGCUUCGUGCGGCGCCGCUGUGCCGGGCCCGCCCUGGACCCCGAAAAUCUCCUUGGAAUAUCUGAAGUCCAUAUGGCUAUGUAUGAUGAAGAUAUCUUGAAAAAUCCCUUUUAUUUGGCCAUUCAGAAGCGACGUCCUGAUCUAUGCAGCAAAGUCGCAGAACUCCAUGGUAUUGUGUUAGUUCCAUGCAAGGGAAGCCUUUCAAGCAACAGUCUUUCUACCUGUCAGUUUGAAUCUUAUGUUCUGAAGCCACUUGAAGGAAACUUUCAGACCUUAAAUGGAAAGGAGAUCUUCAUACAAGGAAACCAUAUCACUUUAGGAACUGGUUUUAAUUAUCGUCUCUCAGUACCUGUUCUUUUUGAGGAAACAUUUUACAAUGAAAAAGAAGAAAGCUUUAGUAUAUUGUGCAUAGCUCAUCCCUUGGAAAAAACAGAAAGCUCAAGUGAAUCUGCAGCUUCAUCAAACUCCUAUUCUCUUAAAAAUAUUGAAGAUGUUAGAGAAUUCUUGGGAAGGCACUGUGAGAGAUUUGAUAAAUACAUAGGAUCUUUCUAUAGAACAUUUAAAGAACACGAAAGGAAAAGCCUCCGCCACUACAUAGAUUCUGUCAAUGGACUUUAUACCAAAUGUCUCCAGCAUCUUUUGAGAGAUUCGCACUUGAAGAUGCUUGCAAAGCAAGAAGAACAGAUGAAUCUGAUUAAACAAGCGGUUGAAAUGUAUAUCCACCAUGCUAUUUACGAUCUAGUCUUUAAGUAUGUGGGGACUAUUGAGGCAAGUGAGGAUGCUGCCUUUAACAAAAUCACGAGGAGCCUUCAAGAUCUGCAGCAAAAAGACAUUGGAGUGAAGCCUGAGUUCAGUUUUAAUAUACCACGUGCAAAGCGAGAACUGGGUCAGUUGAACAAAUGUACUUCCCCUCAACAGAAGCUACUUUGUCUACGGAAAGUGGUACAAAUUAUUAUGCAAUCUCCUAGCCAAAGAGUUAACAUGGAAACCAUGUGUGCAGAUGAUCUUCUCUCUGUCUUGCUGUAUUUACUUGUAAAAACAGAAAUCCCAAACUGGAUGGCCAACUUGAGUUACAUAAAGAACUUCAGGCUUUGCAGUUCAGUGAAGGAUGAAUUGGGAUACUGUCUAACAUCAAUUGAGGCUGCAAUAGAAUAUAUACGACAAGGCAACCUCUCUGACAGAUCAACAGAGUCUGAGAGACUGUGUGACAAGCUGCUUUUAAGACAAAAGAUGAACUUGUUGUCCCAGAUGUCUGCUACUCCAAUAGACUGCUUAUUUAAGCAUAUUGCUUCAGGUAAUCAGGAGGAAGUGGAGCGAUUACUAAGUCAAGGUGACAGCGAUAAGGACACUGUACAGAAAAUGUGUCAUCCGCUUUGUUACUGUGACAAAUGUGAGAAGCUGGUUUCUGGGAAACUGAAUGAUCCUUCCAUUAUCACUGCAUUUUCCCGAGAUGACCGGGGAUAUACACCACUUCAUAUAGCUGCUAUUUGUGGGCAAACAUCACUAGUGGAUUUACUAGUAGCCAAAGGGGCCAUUGUCAACGCUACAGAUUACCAUGGUUCAGCUCCGCUUCACCUUGCCUGUCAGAAGGGAUAUCAAAAUGUUACACUUCUCUUAUUGCACUAUAAGGCAAGUACUGAUAUUCAGGACAAUAAUGGAAAUACUCCACUUCAUUUAGCCUGCACUUAUGGUCAUGAGGAUUGCGUCAAAGCUUUAGUCUACUACGAUGUGCAUUCCUGUAGACUAGAUAUUGGUAAUGAAAAGGGAGAUACUCCUCUCCAUAUAGCUGCUCGUUGGGGCUAUCAAGGGAUCAUAGAAGUGCUUUUGCAAAAUGGGGCAAAUCCAGAAAUUCAAAACCGGAUGAAGGAGACUUCCCUACAGUGUGCAUUAAAUUCCAAGAUUUUGUCAUUGAUGGAAUUAAACUAUCUAACGUUUGAAAGAGGACAGAGUGCUUCUGAGUCACCGCUUAGGUCUCCUCAGCGCUCAACAGAAACUUUCAGCAGAGGAUCAUCUGUCUCAAGUCUGUCAUCAGCAUCAACUGAUGCAAGGCAAGAAGAAGUAAAAAAUAGUUAUAAAGAGGUGGAAAAACUCCUAAGAGCGGUUGCUGAUGGAGAUCUGGAAAUGGUACGUUAUCUCUUGGAAUGGAUGGAAGAAGACUUAGAAGAUGAGGAUGACACAACCACUACAUCCAAACCAGAAUUCUGCCAUCCAUUAUGCCAGUGCUCAAAAUGUGGGCCAGCACAAAAGAAAUUUGGAAGGAUCUCUGCUAAUGGACUUGGGGUCAAUGUUUCGAACCGGGAUGGUUUCACGCCGCUGCAUGUGGCUGCUCUGCACGGACACUCCGAGCUGGUCUCUCUCCUGCUGAAACACGGAGCCAGCAUCAGUGCCAGGAAUGUGAAACACGCCGUUCCUCUGCAUCUGGCCUGCCAGAAAGGUCACUUCCAGGUGGUAAAGUGUCUGAUGGCUUACAACGAUAAACAAAAUAAAAAGGACAUAUAUGGAAAUACUCCUUUAAUUUAUGCAUGCUUGAAUGGUCAGUAUGAGACUACUGCCUUGUUGUUACAGCGUGGAGCUGCUGUUAACCUUUCUAAUGCCAAAGGGAACACGGCGCUGCACGAGGCCGUGCUCGGCAGGCACGAAGCCCUGGUGGACUUGCUCCUUCGGAACGGUGCCAUGACGCACGUAAAGAAUGAGAGGAACUGCACCCCCGCAGACUGCGCUGAGCCAAAUUCAAAUAUCAUUAAGUUGCUGGAAACAGCACCGAGCUACGUACCUCCAUCAGCAGAGACAGAAAAGGAGCGUGAGCAGCAUGCUACUAUCAAGAUAAGAAAAAAAGUGAACUCUAAACCGUGUGAGAAAGCCGAUGAUCCCAUAAGCAGACAACUUCAACUGGUCCAAUCAAUUAACAGAUUUAACAAAGCAAAACAUUUACGGAGAACAAUAACAAGAGAUAAAAGUGUCCCUAAUUUUGACUCUCAGUUAUUGCAUCAGUUAGCUAUUAAAAGCUUUGAUAAAACCAAGUUAAAAUCCGUUGAAACGCUGGACCAGAGCAAAGUUAAGAUUACUGACGCAGGAUGCAGUGGUGAGUUUGUGAAACAUGAUGACAUGAUAGAAGUUCCUCACAGGAGUAAAUUAAUGCACCGAAGACACACUGUUGAUGUGACACUUCCAGCGGAGAAUGUCAGCGAUAGUUUAUCCAGCCCUAGAAAUCCAAGUAUUUCACAAUCAAGAGACUGCUGGGAUGACUUGCUUUCAAAACAUUGACAAGGAGGCAUGAGUUUGAUGUCGAAAGCUGAGGAACUAGGUGUUGUUAAUGUCAAUAACCCUUCACUGUGUAUCAGAGAAUUCAGUGAUGCUUGCAAGCCUGCCCUCCGAACGGAACGUGAGGAUGCCUCUUCAGCAGAAACAGAAUGUUCCUGGCACUUUCGGAGACUGAAUCCUCAGUUUAUGUUGGAGGGAACUACACGGCCAGAGCAUUACUGAUCUCAACAAACAGGGACGUACCGAGAUGUAGACAGCAAAAUUGCUUUCCUAUUCUACUUAGCACUUACUAAAAAAUGAUAUGUAACAGUAAACCAAACCAAACCCUGUAUUGUAUUUUUCAGACACCCACUUUGUUUAAAAGUCUUUGAAUAAUUUUUGCAUUUUCAGUUUUUAUCACUACAUUGGAUAAGCAUAUAUAAAUAUAUAUAUAUUUAUAUAUAUAUAUAUAAAGAUAUAUUGGAUAAUAAGGUAUUUAUUGCCAAAGGUAAUUGAAAUGUCUCUAUUUUUAUUGGAAUGUUACAAACCGUUAUAGUAUAUAUUUCUGUAUAUUCCAGUAGCUGGGAAAACAAUAGUCCAGAACAUCUGUGACGCCACAUUAGAAGCUUAUGCUUGCUAUUAAUGUGAAGGGAUGUAAUCCUUGCUCAUUUCUUUGCAAUGUUCCCGUGUAUUGGACCUGCAAGAUCAAGUUCUUACACAGGAGCCAAUAUACUUGGAAAAAGUAGAGAGCCCUUGACAAAGCUAAACUUUGCACUCACUGUUCACAGCCUAAUUAAAAAAAAAAAAAAUUUGCAGAGGCAAGCAUGUAUAAGGACAUGUAUGAGGACAAAAGUGUUUUGUUUUAUUUGUUUUUUUUUCUU